CGUCAUCCCAAACAUUUUAGCUCGGAACUUGCACAUGGCCAGGCCAGGCAGGCGGGGGUUCCCUUUUGAUCUGACAGCUUGUCCCCCGAUGAAGCAGCACAACGAACCUCAGCUCGCCUGCGAUUCGUCCGACGCCCUCUUGCGCAACACCACCGUCGCUCUGCACAUGCCGAGCCCCUGUGCUACUCGACAUUGCGCGUUCUCUGGGUUUUGGUGGGCAAAUGAAGUCUCGUAAUGGAGCCUGGGCAAGUCCCCUACACACACCUGCACACACCUGCACACACCUACAUGCACUUCCAUAUGCAGUCUAGCCCAGGCCGAUAGGUAGCUGCGGAUCUGCCAGAUCUGUUUCUCUAGUACCUACAUAUAUGUACAUACUCUACGCGAGGGAGGGUACCCUCAUUCGAGGCGUGUAGAAUCGGGACGUAGCCCCUCGAACCGCCCAGCUGGGAGGACGGGGGGUCGGCUCUGCUAGGUGGUCUUGGUCCCCCUCGGUGGUUGGUGCCUGAUAACGAAACUGGGACCCCAUUUCUGUGCUCUCUCUUUUCUUUUUGAGGAACCUGCCGACUUUCAGCCCGGCCUUGCUCCAGUUUUCUUCCGUCUUCCUUUCUUCCUUCUCCUCAAAACCAUCCAACGACGUUUCCCUCCCUCUUUUUCUUCUUCCUUCUUUCCCAUCCACCAUUCGUCGAAUACCGGGAAUACGUCAAAGAAACCCAUUAUCAAACGAGAUAUAACGCACCCGCACGGCUAGCCACAUACACUCACCCGACCCUUCGUCACGCCACAUCUAGCUGCAAUGGCGUCCGCCACGGCGACAGAGCCCAUCGUCUCGCACGGGCGCGGCGGCGCGGGCAACAUCAACCCGGACGACACGCAGUACGUCGACGGCGAGGUGACGCGCACGGGCGUCGAGGGGAGCCACAACGACGGGGCGUACAGCACCGGGCGCGGAGGAGCCGCCAACAUCGGAGACGCGGGCACCAAGGCGGCGGCGGCGGGGCGGGCGGAUAAGGAGAGCGUGCCCGAGGCGGCGCUGCGGCCUAGCAGUGAGGGCGACUUCCACGUCGGCCGCGGCGGCGCCGGCAACGAGCACGUGGCCGAGAAGAAGGCGGGCCUCGCCGACGACCACCCCAAGGGGCUUGCCGACAAGCUCAAGGACAAGCUGAUGGGCGUGUUCAAGAAGUGAUUUUUUGGUUUGUUUCUACGGUGGGGGCUCUCUAGAUGGACAGGUUUAGCUCUCUUUCUUCUUGAUAGCCUAGGAGUGUGUUGCUUCUACUUCUCUCUCGAUUUUCGGCUCGUUUUUUCUUCUGACUUUUUGGACCCGGCUUUAGCCGCGAGGUUACCUUGGCGGCUUUCCAUUUCCGUACGUUUCGGUGCCAAGGCCGGCUGUUGGCCAUAUCCAGCCCGGUGCGGCGGUGACGCAGAAGAGAUAAUACCCAGGUUUUAUUUUGUUCUUUCGUCUUGUCAGCAAAGCCCUUCCAAGGCGGGCUACUUGCUCUCACGUGG